AUGCCCUCUCGAGCACUUACCGUCAUUCUGAACGCCGACAACAACAAGCGCUUCGCCUUGCUCUUGUCAACAAGCGAUAACGCGCGAGCGAGGAUUCUCCGCGAUGCUCAGAACAAGUUCCGCAUCAGGGGCCUUUCGGUGGUGUUCCUUCCUGGAGGGGAACCACUCAAAAAAGAAAGCGAGUUGCCAGAGCUUGUGACCCAAGUAUUUGUCGCGAAAGCAGAACCGUAUUCCGGUCCAGCUGUGUCGCAAUCAAAGGCAAGAAUCGACGGACCAGCGGAACUACGGCUUAUCGGCGAGAAAAGCUUCAUCGACGAUGCGGCCAUAGCUCAGCUCAAAGCCAUUGGUCAACUUCCAGGCAUUGUUCUAACUGUGGGUCUACCCGAUCUGCAUCCCGGAAGUCGUUUCCCAAUUGGCUGCUCCAUCGCCGCAGAGGGCGUAUACCCUGCACUCAUUGGCUCGGAUGUUGGCUGUGGAAUUGCCCUCUACGAAGUCAAUGCACGUCCUAAAUCAACACCAAACCCAUCCAAACUUGCUUCAACACUGCGAAGCUUGGAAGAGCCAUGGGAGGGCUCCGUCUCGUCUUGGCUGGCCGACUACGGCAUUACCCACCAGUCCAGCUUCGACAUCUCGAGCCUCGGAACUGUGGGUGCAGGAAAUCACUUCGCCGAAUUAUGUGUGGUGGACAAGAUCACAGAGGACGGCCAGCUGGACAUCGUUGAAGGUGGGCUAUAUCUAUUAGUACACACGGGAUCGAGAGGGUUGGGCUCUUCAACUCUUGCGGCAGAGACAACAUCCGAUUCGAAUCCUUAUAUUCCUCCAGACUCGCCUCAUCUUGCGUCCUACUUGGAACAACACGAUUAUUGUGUCGCCUGGGCACGCGCCAACCGCGACUUGGUCGCGUAUCGCAUCAUGCAGUGCAUAAUGCCCUCCAACGAGCCAACAAAACCGCGGAAGCUUGUGGAUGUCACCCAUAAUUCGGUCACGAAACACAGAAUAACUGUUGGAGCAACAACAAAGGAGCUUUGGGUUCAUCGGAAGGGGGCAGCGCCAGCAGAUCAGGGCAUCGCGCCUUGUCCAGGAAGUCGUGGGCAUCACUCUUGGCUUCUCCGUCCAACAGGCGAUGGUCAGCAUAAUGCGUUUUCACUUGCUCAUGGUGCUGGCCGUCGGUUUGGCCGUAACACGAUGCAUACCGGAGCGAAGACGAGCAAAGCCAAUCUCACUCAGACUGCGCUUGGCUCGGUGGUAGUUUGUGAGGAUCCUGCGCUUCUAAUUGAAGAACAACCAGAUGCAUAUAAGGAUGUUGACGGAGAGCACUUUCGGCACCGACUGAAUCAGCAGCAAGCCUCGCGAGUCAGCUCAUUCAGCACUGCUCCUACGCUCCCAAGAAACCUCUUAUCGGACGCCGUAUACUCACAAGACAAGCCAAACCGCCCGCGAACCACCCGGGAGGCGCUUUUCGUCUGCAAACCGGCAGAUCCAGAUGAAGGCGUGUUUACACCUAUCUCAGAGGAGCAACGGAUUCUGGUUUUAUCACUGGUACUGGAUAUGGAUAUUCGCCCUCCAAGGGUCCCGCGUUUGACUCUGCUCUGCCUCCAAUCGCUGGUGGUAUCGUGCUCAGACGAAGAGCUGAGUGAAUUGGUGUCAAGCUACAUCCCAGCUCAUUUACGACUCGACCUCAUGCGGCAUACUGCUGUCUCAAACCCUCUUACAACUGGCCAGCUCAAGGCCUUAUGCAGCGAUGGUUCUGUUUCGGGGGAACUCAUCGUUGUUGGGCCCUUCGCUCAGUUGACAGAAGGGGGUCUCCAAGGAGCACGACACGAUUCUCAUAACGAGGACUGGGAUGACGAAGACAGCACUUUGCCUCUUCCAAUGCGAACACUCCUACUUAUAUCCACACCUCUCAGUUUAUCGUUUGUGCUUGCUCUUCCACCCACGCUUUCGAAACUUGCGCUGAAUGCCUAG